UGUAAGUGGGCGAAGAAAAAAAAUAUGUAACUUCCGAUCUGCCUGGAUAACAUUUUUAAAGUCUCGCGCACACAUAGAUACACUUUAAUUGGUACAUCAACUCCUCGUUCAGUUCAGUUCUGCAGUCGGGAUGGACAGCAGUAGUCACAUCAAUGCCAAGUGUUUUAUAAAUUACUGAAUGAGACUGUAUCGAUGUCUUAAAUCGGAAGUUAUAGCGAAGCAGCAAAAGACUAAAGAACCGGUGGAAAAAUAAUAGAAGCAGCUAAUUUAAAAUAAAUAAGAGAGCAAUCUAAGAAGCAUGAUUUACCCUAGGUUAGCACUUGGCUUGAAUUUCGUUCAUCGAAUGAACCAGACAUGCGUUAAUAAGAAUGUUGUUCAGUUGUGUGCACGCUGUAAUUUCUUAAGUAAUCAUCAUCAUAAAGAGGAAAGGCAUUUUAUUUCAUCAUGGUCCAGACUAAAGGUCAAUGCUACUGAAGCCAACAGGCCGUUAUUUUUCUCUUCCUACAAUCAUCUCCAAUUAAUACCAGGGCCCAAAUAUGGAAGACAAAAUAAUAUUAACUUAACAAAUCAGUUGGUAUCAUCUGCAUAUUGUCGAAAUUUCCGAACAAAUUCCUUUCACAAGACCAGCAGGGUUCAGCGUAAUGGAGACGAUAUCGACAAGGAAACUCCAAAGGGUUUAUCCAUUUUUCAACGAUUCAAACAAGCCUAUAAGCAGCAUGGCAAGGUUCUCAUUGGGGUUCAUCUAGCCACGUCUGCUGUCUGGCUUGGUUCCUUCUAUUAUCUCACUAUAACUGGUUUUGACAUAAUUCCUGUCCUUGAAAGACUAAAUGUAAGUGAGACGAUCAUAAACCAGUUUAAAAAAUCCGGCAUUGGAAAUAUAGCUGUUGCAUAUUUAAUGUACAAACUUGCCACUCCUGCCCGAUACGCAGUGACUUUAGCAGGAACAAACCUGGCCAUCCGAUAUUUCAAGAAAACUGGACGCAUGAAACCAGUGCCGGAUGAGGCAAAAUUCAAAGCACUUUAUUCUGACAGUAAGAUAUAUUUAAAUGCUCGCAGAAAACAACUAAAGAAGAGUAGGUUGCUAAAAAUGAAGAAAAGAUUUCUGAAGCUCAAAAAGUUGAGAAAAAAACGAUUUUAGCAAUUUCAUAAAAAGAAGAAAAAAAAAAUUUUUUUCUUUUUUUUUUUCCAAGUUAUUUCAUUAGUUGACUAAAAUUAAUUAACUGUGGUAAAUUUGAGAUUACCAUAGUUUUUUGUUUUAUUUGCUGUGAUCUAUAAGAACAAAUUUUUAAAAAACAAUAGCAAAACAAGACAAACAAUAAUUCCGUUAUAGGAUUUUUUGGUCUGUGAUUCCAUGAGGAACAAUGCUAUGCAUUUGUAGAAUACUGACAGAAAGAACUUGCAAUACAUAGUUUUUUUGUUUUUUUUAGUUACAAAUAAAUACUAUUUUCCAUUAA